AUGGUGUGUUUGGGUCCACGAAAGAAGCCGGCCAAGAAGCCACAGCUCUUGAGUCCUGAUGACGCUGCCAAGAAUACACGUUCAGUCAAAACCAAGCGAUCCCUCAUUGGCACUCGAAAGUCAACCGCUACAACAGCAACAACCGGCACCACGAAUACAACCACCAAUGCCACAACAGCCACCAAAGCCAGUAAUCGUCGAAGUGUUGCAUCACGAGCCUCUCUUGAAUCGACAGCAUCUGCUAGGAAAGCAGCAGCAGCAAGUGCACGAUCGCCAAGUCCUAGACCUCGUUCACCUGCAACUCGUCCUCAAGCACCGCCACCAGGAACAGCACCUUCGAUUCGCAGCAACGCUCGACCCACGAGUAUGCAUUCACGCCAUCCAAGCACAGCUUCAUCCGUACGUAAAUCACCUGUUGCUCAACUACGUGAAGAGUAUGAUGAACUCAAAGUCAAGAACACUGAACAUCUUCAACUUAUUGCUCAACAAGAAGAAGAACUGAAACGUCUCAAAGAACAACUCGAGCAACAGCAACAACAACCAGCUGAAAAGAAAGGAGCAGAAGAAGAAGAAGAAAAAGAGCCAACAUCAUCGCCACCUACGCCACAACCUGAGCUCAAGCCUUCCUUCAGUCAACUUGAAUUUGAUACGCUGCAGCAACAAAAUGAGGAAAAUGUCACUCGAUUGCAUGCCAAGGAACAGGAGUUACAAGAUCGUGAAAAGGAGCUGCGCCAAUUACGAGAACAACUCGAAAACGAUAAGACUCCCAGCAUCGUAGUAACGGAUGAUCUUGCCGAGCGUGAGCGUAUCCUUCAAGAAAGAGAAAAGGCACUUGAAGAGCAACGUCAAAAAUGGGAAGCCGAGCAAUCACAAAGUAAGAUUGAAGAUGCUGCUGCUCAAUUGGAGAAACUCAAGCUUGAGAAUGAAGAAGCUGUUCAACGUUUGGCUGCCAAGGAGAAGGAGCUUGAACAAUUGAGGACCCACGGUGAAAAGGAUUCUGCACAAUUGGAACAAAUUGAGCAAUUGAAUAAGCAGCUCGAGGCUGAAAAACAAGCACACGAGGAAAGCAUGCGACGGCACGAGGAAGCAUUAGCAGAAAAGGAUGCAUUGCUUUCGGAACAAAAAAAGGCACUUGAUCAUCUGCAGGAGUCGCACGAGGAGCAAGUCCGCAAGCUCAAGACUGAUCAAUCAAGCAGCAUUCUUGGUCUUAAGCAGCGUCAUAAGGAGGACAUGACCAAUCUUCAAGCUCGUUUGCAGGAAGCUGAGACGAAGCUCAAGAAUAGCAGCAAUGCUGAAAUGAUGGAGGAUGAGAUUGAGCGGAUUCUCAAGGAGUUUGAACAAGCCGAGCACACCCACGCAGUUCAAAUUGAAAACAUGGAACAAUCACAUCAAUCUGAAUUAUCGGAUAUGCAACAAAACCAUGCGACUCAGAUCAAGAACCUACGCAAGCAACAGGAUCAGAAUCAGAAAAAGUGGACAACUCGCUAUCUUCCAACAGAAGCUGUAUCAUGGCCUGCUCCUCAACCUUUAUCCAUGUUGCGUAAGACCAAUGGUCCCAAUGCUCGCCCUUCAGCUGCUACACGUAUCGCAUCAGCCGCCCAACGCAAUGACAAUGAGCCUGUAUUGACUCCCCUCGACACCAAAAAGGUCCAAGUGUACAUUUCGACUGUUAGCGGCAAUGCAGUGAUCAAGCGUAAGCAGGAAGAAAUGAUCCAAUUGCUCAAGACCAAUGACAUCAAGUACGAAUUGGUGGACGUGGCCUCAAGCGAAGCUGCUCUUCAAUACAUGAAACGAUGCAACAAUAAUGGAUCCAAUGAAGGUCGUGCAAAGGAGGUGCCACAGCUGUUUGUGGGUGGUGAAUAUCGUGGUCAAUUCGAGGAUGUAUCCAAGAGCGUUGAAGAGAACACGUUAGAGACCUUGUUGCAACCAGCUGCAGAACGUGAAUGGACCGAAGAAGAAAAGGCUGCUAUUCAAAAAGCUGAAGCUCGCAAGAAGGAACAUGAGGAGGAUCCAGCAAACGCACCACCCAUUCGUGUAUUGCCACCUGGUCCUGUUGAAAUGCCUACAUUGAAAAAGACAUCCAGCACUACUCCCAAGCCUGGUCCCGUUCGUGCUUAUCGUGGCGAUCAAGAUGAUGAUGAUGCCUUACUCAAAGAGCUGGAAAAUGAGAUCAAGGCCGGCAAGGUUGAUAUUGCUGAUAUUUAA